AUGUUCCCGGAACCCCCAACCCCGGGGUCUCCAGCGCCUGCGACACCUCCAGAUUCGAGCCGCAUCAGGCACGGCGCAGUACCUGCCUGGGUCCUGGCCACCAUCGUGCUGGGCUCAGGCCUUCUGGUCUUCAGCAGCUGUUUCUGUCUCUACCGGAGUCUUUGCCGGAGACGAAUGGGCAAGAAGAGCCAGGCCCAAGCCCAAGUCCAUCUUCAGGAAGUGAAGGAGCUGGGCCGGAGCUACAUAGACAAGGUUCAGCCUGAAAUAGAGGAGCUGGACCCCUCACCAUCCAUGCCAGGACAGCAGGUAUCAGACAAGCACCAGCUGGGACGACUGCAGUAUUCAUUGGAUUAUGACUUCCAGACUGGCCAGCUCCUGGUGGGGAUCUUGCAAGCCGAAGGACUGGCAGCGUUGGACCUAGGAGGUACCUCGGACCCCUACGUUAGUGUCUAUCUGCUGCCAGACAAGCGGAGGCGGCAUGAGACCAAGGUGCACCGGCAGACCCUGAAUCCACACUUUGGGGAGACCUUCGCCUUCAAGCAGGAGAAACUAGGGGACAUCUGCUUCUCUCUCCGCUAUGUCCCCACGGCUGGAAAGCUCACCGUCAUUGUCCUGGAAGCUAAAAACCUGAAGAAGAUGGAUGUAGGCGGGCUCCCAGAUCCCUAUGUUAAGGUACACCUGCUUCAGGGAGGCAAGAAGGUUCAGUAGAAGAAAACCACCAUUAAGAAGAACACCCUGAACCCCUAUUACAACGAGGCCUUCAGCUUCGAGGUGCCCUGUGACCAAGUGCAGAAAGUCCAGGUGGAGCUGACUGUAUUGGACUAUGACAAGCUGGGCAAGAAUGAGGCCAUCGGGAGAAAAGCCCAUGACCAUGCCACCCUGAAGUCUCAAGAGCCCAUGGCCGUCCUACACUCACGUCUCCGGAGAAUCUAUGGUGACGCCGUCCUCGAGCACCCGAGCGCAGGGUCUGGCAUGAUGGCUGGGUCUAUGCUGUUUGGAAAUUGA